UAAAAGCGCACCCGGAGACGAGGCACGAGCGAGGAAGAGGAAGAAGACGACGACUACGCUUCCCUUCUCCAUCCAUGGCGCUCCCCAACCACACUCGGAUCCGGUCACCUCCCUCCUCCCUCCUCCCGCUCAAGCAACAUCGCCUCCUCUCGCCCUCCCCUUGCUCUGUAGCCCUCCUCCGCCCCUCCGCCGCCGCCAAGCUCCGCUCCCGCCUCCCCCACCUCCGCGCCUCCUCCUCCCAAUCUAGGGUUAGGGCUUCGUCGGCUUCCGAGGAUGGUACGGAGGCUCCGCGGCGCGGGGGGAAGCGCACGGACAUUAGGAAGAUCAUGAUCCUGGGCGCGGGACCGAUCGUGAUCGGGCAAGCGUGCGAGUUCGACUACUCGGGGACCCAGGCGUGCAAGGCCCUCCGCGACGAGGGCUACGAGGUGGUGCUUGUCAACUCCAACCCCGCCACCAUCAUGACCGACCCCGACCUCGCCCACCGUACCUACGUCGGCCCCAUGACCCCCGACCUCGUCGAGCAGGUCAUCGCCGAGGAGCGCCCCGACGCCCUCCUCCCCACCAUGGGCGGCCAAACCGCCCUCAACCUCGCCGUCGCCCUCUCCGACUCCGGCGCCCUCGACCGCCACGGCGUCCGCCUCAUCGGCGCCUCCCUCCCGGCCAUCCGCGCCGCCGAGGACCGCGACCUCUUCAAGCGCGCCAUGGACCGCAUCGGCCUCAAGACCCCGCCCUCCGGCAUCGGCACCACCCUCGAGGAGUGCUUCGCCAUCGCCGACGGCAUCGGCGGCUUCCCACUCAUCGUCCGCCCCGCGUUCACCCUCGGCGGCACUGGCGGCGGCAUCGCCUACAACCGCGACGAGUUCGAGGCCAUCUGCCGCGCCGGCCUCGCCGCCAGCCUCACCACCCAGGUGCUCGUCGAAAAGUCCCUCCUCGGGUGGAAGGAGUACGAGCUCGAGGUCAUGCGCGACCUCGCCGACAACGUCGUCAUCAUCUGCUCCAUCGAGAACAUCGACGCCAUGGGCGUCCACACAGGGGAUUCAAUCACCGUCGCUCCCGCGCAGACCCUCACCGACAAGGAGUACCAGAGGCUCAGGGAUUACUCUGUGGCUAUCAUAAGGGAGAUCGGAGUGGAGUGCGGCGGGUCCAACGUGCAGUUUGCGGUGAAUCCGGCCGACGGGGAGGUGAUGGUCAUAGAGAUGAACCCCCGGGUUUCGAGAUCGUCGGCUCUCGCAUCGAAGGCUACGGGAUUCCCCAUCGCCAAAAUGGCGGCAAAGCUUUCGGUGGGAUACACACUCGAUCAGAUUCCGAACGAUAUUACGAAGAAGACUCCUGCGAGUUUCGAGCCGUCCAUUGACUAUGUGGUCACCAAGAUUCCACGCUUUGCUUUUGAGAAAUUUCCUGGCUCCCAGCCAAUAUUAACUACCCAGAUGAAAUCAGUCGGUGAAGCAAUGGCUUUGGGCCGAACUUUCCAGGAGUCCUUUCAAAAAGCUGUUCGAUCUUUAGAGUUGGGCUAUGCAGGCUGGGGCUGUGGGCCGGUCAAGGAACUCGACUGGGACUGGGAACAAUUGAAGUACAGCCUCCGCGUUCCAAAUCCCGAUCGAAUUCAUGCAAUUUACGCAGCACUUAAGAAGGGAAUGAAGGUAGAGGAGAUUCACGAGCUCAGCUAUAUUGACAAAUGGUUUCUCACGGAGCUCAAAGAGCUUGUAGAUGUAGAACAGUUUCUGUUGACAAGGAGUUUAAACGAGCUAUCAAAAGGUGAUUUUUAUGAGGUGAAGAGGAGGGGUUUCAGUGAUAAACAGAUUGGUUAUGCAACUCGUUCUAGUGAGAAUCAGGUUAGGUCGAGGCGGUUGGAACUAGGUGUGAUUCCAGCAUACAAGCGGGUUGAUACAUGUGCUGCGGAAUUUGAGGCCAACACUCCCUACAUGUACUCUUCUUAUGAGUUUGAAUGUGAAUCAGCUCCGACCGAAAAGAAGAAGGUGUUGAUAUUGGGUGGUGGACCUAACAGAAUUGGCCAGGGAAUUGAGUUUGACUACUGCUGUUGCCAUGCUUCAUUUGCUCUUCGACAGGAUGGGUACGAGGCAAUCAUGAUGAACUCGAAUCCAGAGACGGUUUCCACUGAUUAUGAUACCAGCGACCGUUUAUAUUUUGAACCUUUAACAGUUGAGGAUGUACUAAACGUCAUUGAUUUGGAGCGUCCUAAUGGCAUAAUUGUGCAAUUUGGUGGACAAACUCCUCUAAAGCUCGCUCUUCCUUUACAACGCUAUUUAGAAGAACAAAAAUUGGUCCCUGCAAAUGGAAUAGGCCUCGUUCAAGUAUGGGGAACAUCACCUGAUUCUAUCGAUGCUGCUGAAGACAGAGAAAGAUUUAAUGCAAUUCUGAAUGAACUCAAAAUUGAGCAACCUAAGGGAGGCAUAGCGAAAAGUGAAUCAGAUGCCAUACAAAUUGCUUCCGAAAUUGGAUACCCGGUUGUGGUGCGCCCUUCUUAUGUAUUAGGUGGACGCGCUAUGGAAAUUGUUUACAGUGAUGAUAAACUCAUAACGUAUCUUGAAACUGCUGUCGAAGUCGAUCCUGACCGUCCAGUUUUGGUUGACAAGUAUCUCAGCGAUGCGAUUGAAAUUGAUGUUGAUGCAUUGGCAGACUCCAAUGGGAUGGUGGUGAUUGGUGGAAUUAUGGAGCACAUUGAGCAGGCCGGCGUACAUUCUGGUGACUCAGCUUGUUCUCUCCCCACGAAAACUGUAUCACCGAAAUGCUUGGAUAUAAUCCGAUCAUGGACUACAAAGCUAGCCGAAAGACUAAAUGUAUGUGGGCUUAUGAACUGCCAAUAUGCAAUCAUGGCUUCUGGCGACGUAUACCUUCUUGAGGCUAAUCCACGUGCAUCGCGCACCGUCCCUUUUGUUUCGAAAGCGAUCGGCCACCCAUUAGCAAAAUAUGCCUCGCUUGUCAUGUCGGGAAAGAGCUUGCAAGAACUAGGGUUCACGAGGGAGAUUGUUCCCAAGCAUGUCUCAGUAAAAGAGGCCGUACUUCCGUUCGAGAAGUUCCAAGGAUGCGAUGUGCUCCUCGGGCCGGAGAUGAGGAGCACCGGGGAAGUCAUGGGUAUUGACUUUGAGUUCCCUCUGGCGUUUGCAAAAGCACAGAUCGCCGCCGGGCAGAAGCUCCCUGUUAGUGGUACUGUCUUUUUAAGCCUCAAUGACUUGACCAAACCGCAUCUCGCUUCCAUUGCUCGUGGCUUUCGAGAACUCGGGUUCGACAUAGUCGCGACAUCUGGAACUGCAAGAGUGCUUCAGCUGGAGGGUAUAGAGGUUCAGCCCGUACUUAAAAUGCACGAGGGGCGUCCCCAUGCUGGUGAUAUGUUAGCGAAUGGUGAGAUACAAGUGAUGGUGAUAACAAGUUCGGGUGAUGCUUUGGAUUCAAUAGAUGGACGGCAACUUCGGAGAAUGGCUUUGGCUUAUAAAAUACCUAUUAUAACAACGGUCGCGGGAGCAUUAGCUACUGUGGAAGCCAUUAGGAGCUUGAAGCAGAGUUCGAUUAAGAUGUUGGCUCUGCAGGACUACUUUCAACCGUCGGAGGUGGUGCACGACUUGCAAGCAGCUUCCUCCAGUGCUUAAUUUACAAACAUUGUCAGGACAUCAGCCGAGCCGUUGUUGUAAAAUUUUAAAUUUUGUCUUUUCUGGCGAAGCUUUUAUUCUUGUAUCCUUGAAUCGAGCAACCACAGUGACAAGAGGAUCAGGAUUGAGCAAAGAUUAUUUCUCCCAGACAUCAAAACGUGUUUGCUUUUUUCCAGUUUCUUCUUGCGAUAUGGUCAGUUUUCUGGAACUGUCCCUUUUGUACUCGCAGCAAAAUUUAGUGAUUCAGACUGGGAGAGUAUCAAUUUAUUUGUAACUUGUAAGCCAUCAUAAAUUUGCAUUCUUGUGUGCUAUCGAGA